AUAUGAUGCAAGAAAUCAGAACUCUGUUGCUUAAUAUACUAUAUUUGUUUAUGAUUCAUGGUGAUUUUCGUGAAAUAUCAAUUAAACAUUCGGAUCUGUAAAGUCUUUACAGGUGUGAGCUGAUCAGAGUUAAGCUGUGCGUAAAAGAGCGAAAAUGCGAGUUUUUCAAAAUAAAACUACGGCGGUUUUUUUUUUUGGAAGGCGGAUAAAUUAAAGCCAGCGGCGCUCAGAUGAAAUCCCUGCGCUUCUAUUGUGAAGAGGCUUUUCCUGCCUCAGCAUCCUCCACACUUUCAGCUGGACUCCACCGCCGCGCUGGACAGGUUGGCUCCGCGCGCUGGCAGCCUGUUCCACUCAUCUGGACACAGACGAGCACCUGGACGCUCGGAGACGCAACGGAACCGGUAUGAAGCAUCCGUUCAGUGCAACAUCCCGGCCGGACGUGGAGCGCAGCAGGAGCGGGGAGCAAAUGGACAGCGACGCCGAGGAUCCCGGCGCAGUAGUGGAGCAGCAGUCACCGGGGGGCGCUCUGCACUCUUCGCUCUUUAAGCCCAAACGGGAGAGGAAACAGCGGACCUACACGCUGUGUGACGUCUGCAACAUCCAGCUGAACUCGGCUGCGCAGGCGCAGGUCCACUACAGCGGCAAGUCCCAUCAGAAGAGGCUCAAGAAGAUCAGCAAUGGGAAAAUGCCAACGAGCACAGGUACGUCAGCCCAGGGCAGCCCUCUUCUCGCCUCUCUCCCUGUCCCGGGACGGCCUGUUCAGCCCCAGCUCGACCUCAAACACCUCCUGCCCUUCAGGCUCAAUGGAACCUCCCCCCUCAGCCUCUUCCCCAACUUCAACACGAUGGACCCUGUCCAGAAGGCGGUGAUCAACCACACGUUUGGAGUCCCUCAGCCCCUCAAGAAGAAACAGAUCAUCUCCUGCAACAUUUGCCACCUCCGUUUUAACUCCACGGUCUUCAGUCUGAUGUGGAUCCAGCCGUCCUGGAAGAGAAGCUGGAGGAAAGUCCCCGGAGCUCCAUCAUGCUCACGCCGGUGUCUGAGGUGUCGUCUGUGGAUCUGGUCACCCUUUCCCCUCCGGAGGUUUCGCCUUCCUCGCGCGUCUCCGAGACGGCGUCAGACUCCAGCACCCCGGAGGUCCCGGAAACCCCGGAGGCUGCGGACUGCAUCUGUCCGAGCGCUGAGUCCGGCGGCGGAGCGGACAGCACGAACGGCGAGCCGCAAACAGACGAGGAGAAAGAGCCCAAGAAGAGCAAAGCUCAUCUCCACUGCCCUGUUUGUAAAGUCACCGUCAACUCCAUCUCACAGCUGGAGGCGCACAACAGCGGUACAAAGCACAAACUGAUGCUGGAAGGUCACAGCGUUCUGCCCCGCCGCAGGGGCAAAGUGGUGGCCGCUCGAGCCGCCUUCAAGAGCAAGCGUCUGGGCAGCAAAGGCAGCGUCGGGGUGCCCAGCAAGAACUUCCAGUGUGAAGUCUGCGAGAUAUCUGUGAACUCUGAGACCCAGCUGAGUCAGCACAUGAACAGCAGAAGGCACAAGGAUCGGCUGGCCGGAAAACCCCCCAAACCCAAAUUCACCCCCCACAGUAAGAGCCAGCCCAGCUCCAGUUUAGCGAACGUGAGAUGGAGCGGCCAUGCAAGCGUGGCUGUGUCAGCCAUGAAGAAAGCCUUCGCCCAGUACAACCUCACCUCCUUCUCCUCGCAGACCAAACUGGCGUUGCAGAAGCAGCUGACCAAGAGUUUGACAACUGGCUUCCUGCCCAGCCCCCUCACCCCACCAGCUCUGUGCACAGUGGCAACUAACCCAUUGGCUCUGCGCCACCCGGUGGGCACCACCACCUUCAUCCAGACCCCAUUCCUGGGCCCUGCACUGUUCCGGCCUGCCCCGGGGCCUCUGCGGGCCACUCACACCCCUAUCAUCUUCUCCCCUUACUAAGGACUUACCCAACCUUCUAGUUGAGCCCCCACCCCUUCCUUUCCUCCUACCCCUUCUUAUCCAGGACCCUCUUUAAGUGUGACCCACACAACAAAGGCCACAUGGAAACUAUGCAGCCCACCUGACUUUAAUGGGAAGAGUGCACAAGUCCUGAUGCUCACCAGGCCUGCUGACCUGAGAGCUGUUCUUACCAUAAAGGCCAAGAUCCCCCAUCAUGCCUUCUUUCUGCUCCUCUUAUAUUGACCUAAGAAGCAGGACAGGCCUCCAGACAGUGACUGGGCCGCUUUUAUAGCCAUUUCAUGGAUCAACAUGGUUUAAAUUAUAAAUAUUAUCGUGUCAUCUAUUAGAGAACAAAUAUAGAAUAGGUCUAGAUGUAUGUUUAGUGUGGUUGCCACAAAAUAAGGUCCCUUUACUUGAUAAAAUAAUGUGUCUGUCAGAAAGUUGGCGUUGAAGCAGCAGAACAAAAGCCAUACCCGUAUGGCCGCACAAGCCAGUUCCACUGAUCAGUGUUUUCAGCCAACGUCAUCAAAGGGUGCUGUCACAUGGCAUGAUGGCUUAUAACCCACUGCCUCUAAAGGACGAAAGGAACUGCAGAAGGUCUGACUUUCUGUUAAGUUUUAUACUUUUCAUCAAACUCAUGGCUCCAUAAACCUUCCAGAUUUUUCUCCAUUUCCCUGUGCUCGGAGAGAGAAGACCAUUAAGGUCCCGAAAAGGUCAGCUUGAUUUUGUGUCAAUUUACAGGUAUGUCUCGGUGCACCGUUCUGGCCAAGCUGACAGCAUGCACACAUUUUGCAGCAAAGGUUUUAAGGUGCUUUCACACCGAACGAGAUUUGCGCAACAAAUUCAUGUUCUUGAGUUUGGCGCACGAGUGGGAGGAGCUACCAGCUAAUGCAUUCAGGAUGAUCGCUAUAAGGAACGUUGUAUGUGGAUAUUUUAACCCUUUAACUGCCCGCUCAACCAAAUGGUGGGGAACAUUUAGAAAACAUGUUUUUAAAAAUAUUGAUUGUGUGUAUUACUCUCCAAGGUAUGGAAGCCCUAAAGUGACAUAAAAGGGAAAAAAUUAAAGCAAAAAAAAAAA